GGCGAGAUUGAACGCGGAGGAGGAGGGGGGGAAGAAGGAAGGAAGAAAUUAUCUGUUCGUACGGGGGAAUUUCUAUUGAUCGGCGAGAAAAUGGCGAACGGUGGACACGGUGUGGUAGUGAACGGGGUUGGUGCACCUGGUGCCGGCACUCUUUCCAGGGAGGAAAGACGUCGACGCAGAAGAGCGACGCAAAAGUAUCGAACUGCACACGCCACGAGAGAAAGGGUCCGAGUAGAAGCGUUCAAUCUAGCUUUCGCGGAGCUUCGAAAGCUUCUGCCGACUCUGCCGCCGGACAAGAAGUUGUCAAAGAUCGAGAUCCUUCGACUCGCCAUCUGCUACAUCGCUUACUUGAACCACGUCCUCGAGGCCUGAGCCGAGCAGGGACUCGGUUCCCUAUAUUUUUACACAAUCGAAUUCUGCGCGUCAUCCGGUAUGACGCUCGAGUCGAAUAUAUAUCGAGAAGAAAGUAUACAGAAUCUUUUCCACCUUCUUUUCUUUUCUUCCAACCUAUUUUAUCGUAUAUAAAACACGUGUAAUUCGACCUCUCUUUCUA